AAUCGAGCGGUCGAUUAUCGAGUGAGGUGACUAGCUAAAGAAUUCCAGCAAAUUCUUAUUUUGCAAUGAUUUUUUUUUCCAUUUUAAAUUCGUUAAAAAUGUUUUUUUAUGGGGGGAGUAAAACGAACUUUUUUAUUUCAAAGUUUACUCAUUGUAAUCAUAGUAAACAUUAUGUACACAGAAAAAUUGUUCAUAGGAAUUGUCGUGCGAGUACUGAAAAUUCUAUCUCUUGACAAUCGUGAAUUUUGAAUUCAUUCCACCGGAAUUUGAUAAUGAUAAUAAUAGCGUAUUAAUGACAAUAAUAAAUUGUGAAAAUAAUGAGGAAUAAAAAUCCACAAGAUUUCUAUUCAUGAGUCCCACUGGUCACAGUGCCAUUGCCCAGGCCCAUCGGCCUCAACAUUUGCAGCCCAUUCUUCACAUGUCUGGCACUGGAUCCAUUUCCCACCAGUUUCGUAGAAACAUUUUUCAUACUGGGGGGGGGGGAACAAAAUGUAAAGGCUCGAGAAGGUGCAUAUGUGUGGAAAUAAAAAUAAAAAAUAAGAUAACAUUGUAAAAAAAUUUUUUUUCCACCCUCCCUCCGAAUUAAAUGUCGAAUUUUGUUGCCACCCCUAUGCCCGAGCCUGCCACGUGUUUAUCCCCACUGCUGUAUUCGAUUCAGUUGCCAUGACAACAAAUGUACGCGUUCAUACAAACCCAGGUGAAUGCCACAAUGAAACAAACGUCAGAUGCAGCCAGUUGUGUCAAUCCGUAGUGUCUAAAUGACUGUAAGCUGCCGUAAAAAUCUUAAAAAUGGUGCAAAUCGAUUGGGCUCGUAUACGAGCUGUCAAAGCCACAUCAUUAGCAGACGAAGAGAUCGAGGAUUUAUUUCCAAUGGUGAUAAAAUGCGAUACCGAGGAAGUUGAUGAUAUCUCUGACUUGCGUGCUCUCAUGAAGUUAUCGCAGGAGAUGUUGCAGUACAAGGAUAAUCAGGUGGAAUCGUUAUUAUUAGAAUGUGACGAACUAAAAGAAAAAUUAGCGACUGCCUCAUCAUCAUCAAAGACUACCCGGAGACCCCCGGAGACUGAUGGCAUUGAGGAAGCCGACAACGGUCAGAAACUUCCGGACUCCUCCCUCGUUGAACACUACGAAGAGACUCUCCAAGCCAAGAACGAAAAGAUAAAGACUCUGCUGCUGGAACUGGAGGGAAUCGAGAAUGAGAACAUUGACUUGAAACAAAAAUUGGAAACAUUGAAAGAAGAGAUGGAGGACGCCACCGAGAGCAUGAAUGACAUGACCAAUGAGCUGGACGAUUUGCGAAGGCAAAAGGUGAUGUCCAAGGAGGAGCUGAAGCAUUUGAAGCAGGAGAAGACAGCUCUGCUGACCCAGAUUGAGGAGAUAACGUCGCAGCAGCUCGACAGAGACAAAAUAAUCGACGAGUUCGGGGCGGCCAUCGACAUCCGGGUGUCAGAAUGGAAAGACAUUUUGGAUGAUAAAGACGCGAUGAUAGCCCAGUUGAAGGAACAAGUGUCGCAUUCGAGGAUUCACAGCUCCACGGGGAUGAGAGAACCCCAGACGUCCCAGAUUGUCUAUCUCAACGAAGAAAUUGAGAGGAGAGACGCCGCCAUCGGCGAUCUGGAGGUAAAACUCCUGGAGGCGGCAAAAGACUUGAACGAGAGUGCGGGUGUCAUUGAGGAGCUGAAGAGGAGUAAUAAAAAGCUGGAGAAGAUUGGAAAACGCAAGGAGCACAGGGACUUGUUGAGGAAGACACAAGAGGCGCACGAGAGGAUUGCUGGACUCCAGGAAUCGCUGAAGGUGGCGGAGGAGAAUUUAAUGCAGAAGAGCGAGCAGCUCUGCGAGCUGUUGGACACUCUGAGACGAUACGAGGACAGGGAUCAGGGACUUGCUGAGGCUCUAGGGGAGGUCAAGGAGUUGAAGAGGCAGCUGGAGGCGAAGAGUCAGCACAUCCAGGAUCUGGUGACUGUCAUCAAUAAACUGGAGAAUCUGAGCUCUCAUCAGGAUAUGCAAAUCGCAGCGAUGAGGCAAAAGUUGGGAUUACCCGAGGACGAGGAAGUGUCAAUCGAGGGUGUUACGUCGAGACAUCAGCAAGAAGCUGAAAUUAAAAAUCAGUUGAUGCAGAAGAAUUCCGGACUUGAGCAGGAAAAUGUGGACCUGAAGGCUGAUAUACGAACUCUGAAAUACAAAUUGAAUAAAUUAGGAGAGAAAAUAAUUAUGUCGCGCGAGGCAUCUGACUCUCGGCGACGAUCAUUACGCUCUGAUCCGUCGGCUAGUGUUAAUUGGGUGGCGGAGCAGGAGAUCAUAAGUCUGAAGCACAAGACGGAAAUGGAUGGGCUUCAGGAGAAUAUACGAAUGAUCGUUGAGGAAAACGAGGCGUUGAGGAAAGGAUUGCAUGAGAUUCUGGAUAGCAUUCAUGAUCAAGAUGGAAAAGGAACAGUCGAUGUUCAAUCCAACACUCUUGAACGCCUCCUGGAGGCGCUGGAUGUGAGACACUUAGCUGGGUGGUAUCAUCCAGCUAUGAGACUCCAAGAACGUCUGAAUGUCGUUCAAGGAAGCAACGCCGAAUUGAGAGGUCAGAUAAAGCACUUGAGAAAGGAAAAUCAAAGGAAAGACGACUUACUUCGGAGAUUAGCAACGAGAAGGGACACGAAGUCCGAAAAAUCUUCCGCCGAAGUGUCUGAAUCAGAUAAUGAAGACGUCAAGACAAUGAUAUCAGACAUGCAGCGACUUCAAUCUGCCUAUCGUGAAGAGCUCGAAAACUGGGAGCAGGAGCGAGAGUCUCUUCGAAAAGAGAACGAAGAGCUCAAGGAAGUGAACGAAAAAUCCACAGCGCAGUUGGAGAUAUUUGAGAUAGACCUGAAGGCGAUUGAAUCCGGUGAAGAAGAGACUCAGAAAGCUUUGGCCGCAAGAACCAGAGAAUGUUCGGAAUCGGCAAUUAAUCUCAUCGUCGUCGCCAGGAAAUGUUCAGCAGCUGAGUCUCUUCUCAGUAAAGAGUCAGCAAAACUGUUUCAAGUGAAGAAAGACGCUGUUGCGGCCGAAAGCACUUACAGAAAAAUCGUCGCUGAUGUGGAUAAACGUUCUAACUUAUUGGAGAACAAAGUCAAGACUUUAGAGCGUAAUCUUCUGAACUCUGUCCGUAAGACCGAGUACAAUGAUCUGAAGGAGAAGUACGAUGAAGUCAGUAUGCGUUUGAGAACAUCAUAUGAGCUACAGUUUGGGGUGAACACUGGCGAGGAUUCCAAAGGAUCGACUGAUCGAUCUGACUCUGCCAUUCACUCACCCGGAUCCAAACCGAAAGAAGAUAACAUCAAGAAUCUCCUAACAAUCAACUCCGAACUCAGAGAUCAGCUCAUCCAAGUUCAAAACACUUUAUCGCAGUAUUUGCAGGCUCCACCUUCACAGGAUGAAGAGAACAAAAUCAGUGAACUUCAGGAGGAGAUCGGCGUUCUAAAAAUCGAGAACGAAAAUUUGUUGAGAACUUUGGCGAUUUCUCGUGAAGAAGCGCAGAUGCAUUACACAAUAAAUUCACUGAAGACUCUGGAGCUUGAUAACUUGCGACAUCAAGUCCUGGAUCUCCAGGCGAUCUCCGAGGACAAGGAGACAAUCGCUCGUUUGGGAUUCGAGCUGAACAAUUCCAAAGCUAUGGAAAUAGAAAUGAGCAAACGAAAAGCUCAACUGGAAUCCGAUGUUUCUCAACUGCGAAGUAAUCUGGAGGUGGCGAUAAACAAACGAGAUGAGGCUAAAGCUAGACUCGAGGAGUUUCGCAGUCACUGCAGCAUCAAAUGCAAAGUCUACCAAGAAACCGUCGAUUUCUUGCAGAUCCAGUACUCUGGGAGUACAUCAAUCACGUCAUUGCAGAGAUACGGGGAUAUGCUACAGAAAUUGAAUAAAAGCCGAGAAGAAAUAUCGUCGAUGUUCAAAGAAGCUAAAGACCUGACUGAAGCUACGAAACUUCAUCAAGACACUUUGACUAGUCGUCUUGCUCUGGUCGAUCAAUUGAAAGGGAUUUUGGAACAGCAGAUCGGGACUCCUGAGCUACAAUCAUUGAUGCACAGUUUUUCGGAGCAUUCGCAAAGUACUUUGAACGAGUAUCGAUACAAGAGACAAAUUGCACAACUGGAGAGUGAACUCCAGCUGACAAUUUCGAAAUUGAUUGAGUACGAAUCAACGAUCAGCGAAAUGGAAUACGAACUAGUGAACAUCCAGAAGAUCUGGAAGGCAAGAUCCGAGACGGUAAUCGUCGAGAAUGUCUCUCCAGUUCACUCGGCAGUGCCUCCAGUUGUGGAGAAGAUCUCAGUGUUCACAGAAGCCAGAGUCGAGAGCAAUUCAGUGGCAACACAGAGUGAUCCGAUUGUCGAGCCGCUGCCAAUGGCUCAAGUUCCUAAAGUCCCUCAGAUAGAAACAAUCGAGAAGAUCAUGUCGAGCAGACGAGAGAGCACUGAUGCCACCGACAAUAAGAUCUUAUUCCUCGAGGAUCAGUUGAAGCAGGCACUGACACUAGCGUCGGACCGUUCAGCAAAGCUAAUUGAAUUUGAAUCUCAGAUCACAGAAUACAAAGCUAAAUUGGGAGCUCUGGACAAGGCACUGGUUGAUAAAGACUCGGAGUUAGUUGAGAAAAAUAAGUUGAUAAACCAGAAGUCAUUUGAUAGCAGUGGAGACGUUGAGGAAGCGAGCAAAGCAGCAUUGAAGUCAACGAUCAACAGCUUACAACAGCUGAUAACUCAGAAAGACGAGACCAUCACCAGGUACCAGACUCUCCUCAAAGAGGAUAGAGACGAGCACAGUAAGGCUGCGGCUCGUCUCCAAGAAGAGAUACAGAACCUCCGGGAGGAGACAUCAACUUUGAGAACUGAGACCGAGACGAAAAGAGACAAAAGUCUUCAGGAAGUGCCUGAGCGUGAUACUUCUCACGCCAAAAUGCCGGAAGAGAGCAAAAAAGAAUCGCAACCUGACGUCGAAGUCGAAGAGAAGAUCGCAAGACUGGAGGAGCAAGUGUCCACUCUCGAGGCAGAUCUCCAUAUCGCGAGAGAACUGAGCGAUCGUUGGAGGCGACUGGCUGAAGAGAGACUCCAGCACAUGGAUGACAUCAGAGAGAAACUGGAAGCGCAGCAUAAGAACGAGUUGGAGAGUUAUCGAGGUGAGUUAGACAAGUGGCAAAAUGAAACGAGUGCUCUUCGACAACAGCUCUCCGAGAAUCGGAUGAAACUAUCCAAAGGGAACAUUUCACUGUCAAAGGAGCUCCAGGAACGUGACACGAAGAUUGAAGAGUUGACGGUGGCUUAUCAACAACUUCAAAACGAUAUUGAUAUGAUGGAGCAGAUGAAUCAGUCGCAGCCGAUGAGUGUUCACAGUUUGGGAACGAAUAAGACUCAGGAAGGAUUGCAUGGCCGCGAGGCGUCCAAUCAUCUACAGACGGAGCUGGAUCAUCUCCGACGGCAGUACAAAUCUGUCAUCGAGAAGGAGAAACUUUAUAGAGAUCAGAUUGCGGAUUUGAAGCAGCAGUUGAGCAGACGGUACAUGGCGGAGAAGACUGAGGAGCGAAAAGCGUCGCAACGGGAGCUGCAGCUGGAGAGAAAGUUGAAGAACUUGGAGGAAGAGCUGAAUAAAGCUAGACUACAACUUGAUCAUGAGUACAGAGUGCAAGAGGCGAAGAGGGUGAAGACAGCUGAGGAAUUGUCUCUGUGGGAGAAGCAGAAGAAGUGGCAGCUGAUGGCGGAAAAGCUGAAGAAGGAGUUGAAGGAGAAAUGUGAAGAGUACAAAAAGUUAAGUUCAAGUUAUGAUAAGUUGAAAGCAGUUGUGUCCUGCAUGGAGCGCGAAAAGUGGUACCUGAGAAGUAAAAUCAAAUCCGAGAGUGGAAACAUUAGCAGCGGAUUCGCAGUCCGCUCGGAUUUCAACUUGAAAAUUGCUGAAGAUCUGCAAAUUGAGUGCCAAACAUUGAGAGAUAGAAUUAAUGAAUUGACGAAUCGCUUGGAGUCGGAAGACAAUAACCAGCUGCUGCUUCAACUGGAGAAGCAGAACCGCAGAAUUGCGGCUUUAGAAAUUGUUGCUGAGGGGAAUUCUCAUACUGUCGAUCAACUGGAAAAGUUGGAAACUGCAAGGGCGACAUUGGAAAAGGCGAAUAUUCGAUUGGAGAGUGAGAAUUUUGAGCUCCGGAUGGAUCUCGAGAAGCUGCACGUCGACACGCCCCGUCUUCGUGAAAAAGUGGACCACCUCGAGAAAUAUGUGAAAAUACUGAAGGUCGAGAAGUCCUCGGACUCUUCGGACCGAUCGUCCGAGAAAGACGAAGAGCACCCGUCAAAAAAAUCGAUCCUGGAACUGGAGAAAACCAUUUUCGUGCUCAAGCGAAUCGUCGAGAAGUUGCAGAGUGAGAACAAGAGGCUGAGAGCGAACUCCAAACAUCAUCAUCGUCUGACUAAAUUCAAUUCGUCAUCGGCGUCGAAAGUUAAUGCUACUGACAGCAAUGGAACUUUAAAACUUCAAUACGAACAGGCUAAGAAACGUGUAGUUGCUCUGGAAACUGACUUGCAGUUGGCCGAGCAGAGGAUUCUCAUGUUGGAGAAGGCUCGAAGUGAGGAGGAAAAUUGUGGAGAAAUCGGCAUUCUCAAACAUCAACUGGCCCAUAAAUCCGAAUUGCUGGAUAAGGUUAAGCAGUUGAUGACGCGAGCUGCUGCUAACGAGAAAGCCCUUCGCCAGAAGAUUCAUCAAAUUGAAAUGAGACAAACACUCGCUACAAUACCCGAAUGUCACUCUUCCUCGUCAUGAAGCGAUACGAGUCCCAGAAAUUAAAUAAUCAGAAUUCAUUGUAAAUAAUUAUUUGUAUAAUUGCUGUGAUGUUUCAUUGUCGAAAGAAUCAAUCACACGUUUAUUACCGUGAAAUAUACAAUAAUUAACGUGAACAUAGAUAAAUA